UCUUUCCAAAAAGCUCUUAAUACAAAACAACAAACUCACAUACCAGAGAAUUGAUAAUAGCCCUUGCUGCAGCCACCAGAGAAUCUCUUAUCAGCAUGGAGGCAGCUGCACCAGCCACUCCAUGGCAUUCUCCAUUGCCAUACUUAUUCGGUGCCCUCGCCGUCAUAUCAAUUCUUAUCUCCUUUUCUUUAUUGAUCCUUGGCUGCUCUUAUUGCCGGAAGGUUUCUGUAUCUGUAUUGAACGGUGACAACGGUGCUGCUCGAGCUGCUGACAUGGAGUCCGAUCCACGAAAAGGCGAUGAUGGUCAGAAUCCGGUGCCAUCCGCCAUGUUUGAUGACAAGGUCUUGGUAAUAAUGGCCGGAGAAGUUAACCCAAGUUUUAUAGCUACUCCUAUGUCGUUGAGUUUAAAUUGUGGUAAAAUUAUGGGUUGCCGUGAAAAUGCAGCUGCGACGGCGACGGUGGCGGCGGAGCAUGGUGAUGGGGAUCGAUUGUAGAUAGGUUCCUAAUUAAUUAGUCUAUGUUUUUCUUUUCCUUCUUUUAAUUUGAAUAUUGAUCUUCUAAAAUGUCUCAAUUUCAUUGUUUUACUUUUAGGUGUGGAUUUUUCUUUUCCAUUUAGUCCUUACAAUAAUACAUGUUAAAAUAAUAACUAUAUAAAAAUCUAUAGUAUUAUAAAGUUCAUGAUCGUGUUUAGG